GCGAGCCCGAACCUGGUCCCCACACCGCGGCUUGCCCGGCUUACCCGGCCUCCCGGCCGACCCCAGAACAAUCCACCAUGACGACCGAAUCCGGAUCAGACUCUGAAUCCAAGGCGGACCAGGAGACCGAGCCCCAGGAGGCAGCGGGUGCGCAGGGGCAAGCGGGGGCUCAGCCUGGGCCUCCGGAGCCCCCGAGCGGGAGCGGCAGCGGUGAGGAGCCUCCGGCGCUGGAGCAGUUUGAGGCUGYGGCGGCGCACAGCACCCCGGUGCGGAGGGAGGUCACUGACAAGGAACAGGAGUUUGCUGCCGCAGCUGCAAAGCAGCUUGAGUAUCAGCAACUUGAAGAAGAUAAACUUUCUCAGAAAUCAUAUAGCAGUAAACUCUCUCGGUCUCCAUUAAAGAUUGUCAAAAAACCUAAAAGCAUGCAGUGCAAAGUGAUACUUCUAGAUGGAUCAGAAUAUUCCUGUGAUGUGGAGAAACGCUCCAGAGGGCAAGUGCUGUUUGACAAAGUGUGUGAACACCUGAACCUGCUAGAAAAGGACUACUUUGGCCUCACRUAUCGAGAUGCUGAAAAUCAGAAGAAUUGGUUGGACCCUGCUAAGGAAAUUAAAAAACAGGUUCGAAGUGGUGCUUGGCAGUUUUCAUUUAAUGUGAAGUUUUACCCACCAGACCCCGCUCAGCUAUCUGAAGAUAUCACCAGGUACUACCUCUGCCUACAGUUGCGCGAUGACAUCGUAUCAGGAAGGCUGCCCUGCUCCUUUGUGACCCUUGCCCUGCUGGGCUCCUACACAGUCCAAUCAGAACUUGGAGACUAUGACCCCGAUGAAUGUGGGAAUGAUUACAUUAGUGAGUUCCGCUUUGCACCAAACCACACUAAAGAACUCGAAGAUAAAGUGAUCGAGCUGCACAAGAGCCACAGAGGAAUGACGCCAGCAGAAGCCGAGAUGCAUUUCUUGGAAAAUGCCAAAAAACUGUCUAUGUAUGGAGUAGAUUUGCAUCAUGCCAAGGAUUCAGAAGGAGUAGAAAUUAUGUUAGGAGUUUGUGCGAGUGGUCUGUUGAUAUAUCGUGACCGGUUGCGAAUAAACAGAUUUGCCUGGCCCAAGGUUCUAAAAAUUUCAUACAAACGAAACAACUUUUACAUUAAGAUUCGGCCAGGAGAGUUUGAACAAUUUGAAAGCACCAUUGGGUUUAAGCUGCCAAACCAUCGGGCUGCCAAGCGUUUGUGGAAAGUAUGUGUUGAACACCAUACAUUUUUCAGACUGUUGUUACCAGAAGCACCUCCAAAGAAAUUCCUAACCUUGGGUUCCAAGUUCCGGUACAGUGGCAGGACGCAAGCCCAGACGAGAAGAGCCAGUGCAUUGAUAGAUCGCCCCGCGCCUUACUUUGAACGUUCAUCCAGCAAACGUUACACCAUGUCUCGCAGCUUGGAUGGAGCGUCAGUGAAUGAAAACCAUGAAAUAUACAUGAAGGAUUCUAUGUCUGCUGCAGAGGUUGGUACUGGCCAGUACGCCACAACAAAGGGCAUCUCUCAGACCAACUUGAUCACCACUGUGACUCCGGAGAAAAAGGCUGAGGAGGAGCGGGACGAGGAAGAGGAGAGACGGAAAAAGGCUGAGGAAGCCACGCCGGUCUCAGCCAUCCGGCAUGAGGGAAAGACUGACAGUGAGCGAACGGACACCGCCGCGGAUGGAGAAACCACCGCCACCGAGGAGCUAGAUAAAACUCAAGAUGAACUGAUGAAACAUCAGACCAACAUUAGUGAGCUGAAAAGAACCUUCUUAGAAACCUCAACAGACACUGCCGUCACGAAUGAGUGGGAAAAGAGGCUUUCUACCUCCCCGGUGCGACUGGCUGCCAGGCAGGAGGAUGCACCCAUGAUCGAGCCACUGGUACCCGAAGAGAAAGUGGAAACCAAGAUCGAGUCCAGUGAAACAGAGACAGAAACCACCCCACACCCCCAGCCACUCAGCACUGAGAAGGUGGUGCAGGAAACUGUGUUGGUGGAGGAGAGGCGUGUGAUGAACGUGCACGCGAGUGGGGAUGCUUCUUACGCAGCUGGGGAAGAUGCAGAUGCUGCAGCACAGCCCAUGCCUACUGAAGCAGUCGGUGUGAAAGAGAAGGAAGGCUCUGCUGGGACGGAGGGGUCCAAAGAGGAAAGACAGGAAGAGUCUGCUAAGGCUGGAUCUGAGCAAGAAGAAACAGCCCCUGCUUCCCAGGAGCGAGAGGAGGAACAGGGUGCAGCCACCCAGGUUUCUGAAACUUCAGAACAAAAACCUCAUUUUGAGUCAUCAGCUGUGAAGAUGGAAACCGUCAGUUAUGGCAGUGUUCCCACAGGAGGAGUAAAGCUAGAAGUUUCUACCAAGGAAGUGCCAGUAGUUCACACAGAAACAAAAACCAUCACAUAUGAAUCAUCACAGGUGGAUCCUGGGGCUGAUCUGGAGCCAGGUGUGCUGAUGAGCGCACAGACAAUCACAUCGGAAACCACCAGUACCACCACCACCACGCACAUCACCAAAACUGUGAAAGGAGGCAUUUCAGAGACGAGAAUUGAGAAGCGAAUAGUCAUCACAGGAGAUGCGGACAUUGACCAUGACCAGGCUCUGGCUCAGGCAAUUAAAGAGGCCAAAGAGCAGCACCCUGACAUGUCAGUGACCAAAGUAGUGGUCCAUAAAGAGACAGAGAUCACACCAGAAGAUGGAGAGGAUUGACCAGAGGUAAGAGGUGAUGCUCAUUCUCUAGGCUUGCCUAGGCUGGCAUGUGGCAUGGGGCACUUCCCCCUCCUCCUUUGCCUGAUCCUCCUCUUCCUAUUUUCUCCUCUCACUGGUAUUUCGGGGGCUGGUUACCAAGAGGGUGAAGAAUUGGUCUACAGGUGCCAGUUUGUCUUGAGAUUUGGAAGUUCCAUACUUGGGUAUGUUUUACAGCUACUGCAAGUUGGAAGAAAAAGGAAGAGCAGAGUCUGCUUGAGUGGUCUCACCACUAUUCCCUUUAAAUCCAGGCCCUGCACUCUUUAUAAUAUCCAAAUUUGAAAUGUCAAAUUCGAUUUCACUUCCUGCGUACUCAGAACUAAAUCAGUUUUUAUUCAGAGAGAUACCAUUUGUAUGUUCCAGCUACCAGGGAAAUUAAAUACACCCCUUUCUCCUUUUGAUGACCUUGUUUCUUGGUAGCUUGCUCUUUGACUAUGCCUACUCAUGCUUUGGGGGUUUUUUUGUUUGUUUGUUUGGUUGGUUGGUUCGUUGUUUGAUUUCGAUUUGUUAAUUCAGAACCUGGACACUUUCUUUUUGGGUGUCGGUACAUUUCCUGCUUAUGAGGGAUGACUUUCCCCCUAGUAUACUCUUGUCUCAGGAGAAAGCAAAAAUGCAGCCUGGUGAUCCUGUUUUCCUUCCGAAAGUGCAUGCCUUGCUAGCUGYUGUAUGGCCAGCAUCGUGAGCAGACCAACAGUCUCCUGUGUGUGUGCACAGACUUGCCAUGCAUACUGACCUGCUGUGCAAGAACUCACUCGUGGGCCCGUGAGCAUCCCUUAGAGGGCUCUGAAUGCUGAAUGCAACAGUGAGCYAUUUGCACCUGUGCUUAAUGGGAUAAAACAUUGAAGAGACUUCAUAAGCUUUGUAACCUCGAUUUAAGAAACAUUUAGAUGGACAAGCAGCAUCUCUUAACACAGAAAUACCAAAAAUCACUUAUUACAUUCAAACUAAUAAUAUAUUGGGAAGAUAGAAUGUAAAGGAAAAAAAAAGAUUUCCUUCAGUAAGCUUUAGCCACUUGGGUAUGUUGUUGUUAUUGAAGAGAAAGCAUAGUGGCUUGGGAUGGAGUGUUAUAGUAUCUUGUCAAAAAAAAAAAAUGAAUGAUUUUAACAUACAAGGUACUUUUCUGUGACCUUGAUCUGAGCAAACUUCUCAGGUGUUUUCUGAUGGAUAACUAAUUGAAUCUCUUUUCUGCAGGAAUAAUUUAGCUUGCACAUGAGUCCAGUCAUGCAAACCAUUAGGAAAACCAGAGCCUAUAUGGAGUUCCCUCUUCUAACCCAACUGACUUGUAUCUGUCCGUGGAAAAUUCCAAUCCAGAAGAAUUGACCUUGACUAUUAAUAAAGACACUGGCAGAGAGAUCUUCCCAUAAUAAAGCAAUCCGAAUCAGCAUCACUAAACUGAUAUUGCAUGAAGCAACGAUAAAAUUACAAAAGAGCAGCAUUUUUAAUUUUCACAAAAACGUCUCAGUUUCCAGCUCUACCUGCACGUUCCAUAACCAACAAUAUAAACCGUGAUCUCAUGUAACACACACAMAAAAAAAUCCAUACCUUUCAUAGUUUAUUAUUAUUAAAGUCUCAACAAAACUGCAAUUUCCUAGGUGACAAAUCUUUUGUUUACAGAUAAAUGAAGAUUACCCUAAAAUGCUAGAAGCUGUCUAGGUCCAGUGUGUCGGACUGAUCUCAGAUUAGAUGUGCCAAUAACCGAGUUUAUUCAGUAAACAACUUGAAUCUUGUAUUUGUUUCCUCUGUUUUUAUUAUUAUCAUCCAUACACAGUAAUGACUCUCUGACCCUCUGGAAAUAUUUAAUGCUUACAAUCUUGCUUUGUGUAUCUCACUUAAUUUGUUAAAAGGUAGUACUGAUUUUAGCAUAUCAUUCAUGUGAUUUCUUUCUUAUUGUUAAUAUUGUUCACUUUGGUCUGCGUUUGAUCUGGAAAGCUCCCCAGAGUUCUCCAGCAAGACCGAAAUAUGUAAAUUGUCAUUGUUUGGGGGAAGAAAACCUGUGUUUUUGUUAGUUUACAAUAUUAUGAAAUUUCACUCCAGGAAAACCUGUUGGACUUCUAUUGCUUUGUGUUCUUUCUUUGUUUCUUUUUUCCUUGUAUUUUUCCAUUGAUUUUUUUUUUUUCUUUGACGUGAAGUGUUUUGUUUCCAAAUCUGGUCCAUAUUUACAAUCUAGUUCAGAGCCAAGCCUUAAACUGUACAGAAUUUCCACUGUAAUUAAAAUUAUUGAGUGUUUAGUUAUAAAUAGCCUUCAAAAAGAUAUAUUCUCCACCACACUGUCCACGCAUCACAGUCCAUGGUGAAUGGUGUUUCUGCAUAGUGAAAUAAAAAUGGCAAACGCA